AUGGCACAAAAUUGGGGUGAUAUUUUGAGAAGUGUUCAAGGAUUCGCCGCUAAGCAAAUUUUGGCAGAAGAAAAAACUGAUAUUGGAGAAGAUAAUGAAGAUUACGUCGAAAAUAUGUUUAGAACAGAAGAAACAAUUGCAAAUGCUGGGCUCACGAACCAACUUUCUUCAAGAACAACCCAACAUCCAUGGCUUCUUGAAGUUCGUCAUACUGCAAUUCACCACAUUGUUCAUACAGGAGGACCUUUUGGAGUCAAAAAAGUCACAGUUUAUACAGCAGUGGUUUAUGUUGAUAGGUUUCUUUCAUCAAUGCCAAUACAAAAUGAAAGAUUCGAUGUAGCAAAGUUACUGGGAGUCGCAUGCUUAUAUUUGGCUGUUGAGCAAUUGGAAGAAAAUGAAGAUCAGCCAUAUUUAUCAGAUUAUGAGAGUUCUACGAAAUGUAGUGGAAGAAUCAUAACGAAGAUGAGAAACUGUGUUGUUAAACAAUUUAGAAGGAUUGUCACUUUUGUUACUCCUAUUCAGUUCAUCAGAUAUUUCUUGUCAAGAUUCUGCAGAGAUCUUUCAAGAACAAUGUACGCCAAAUCCAUAACUGUUGAACUCAUCAUGAGUACACUUGGAGAUGUGAGGUUAAUGAGUCUGAGAGCAUUUGUAGUAGGAGCAGCAGCAACAUUAUUAGCAUCAAAUUCAAAUAUAUUGACACAUGAACUGAUAAGGGAUGAAAUUAAUGCAUUGCCUCAAAAUUGGCUUAUUCCACUUGAUGAGGUGUGUUCUUGCUAUAAUCGUUUGCUAGAGACCAACAGGCACAAACUUCAGAUAAAUUUGAACUGA